AUGUAUUUAAUAAAUACAUUGUGGUUAAAAGUUUCUUACUAUUUUCUAGCCUUAUCUUCAGAACAGAUACAGUCGGCUUUAGAGUUCGGAGAUGAUGACUCAAUCAUCGAAGGCAUUUCCGACGACGAGGACUUGAUCUCUCUUACUGCUCACGCAGAAACCCUUCAAGAAGGUGAAGAAAGCUCUACAGCUGCAGGAUGGUUGUUGUACCGGAAAGAAGCCCAAAUGUUGGAGACUCCUAAAAACCACACUGGGUUAUUUGGAGUUCAAAGCUGA